UGCCAUUUGAGACUGAACUCUCUUUCGUGCGAGUUCCCUUUUCAUUCGAAAAUUUAACGCCCGCGCUGCUGCAGCGCGUUGUUGCUCCGGUUGGAAAAUAUCUGAAAACAGCAUUAAUAAAUAAACAAAAAUAUUGGAUAAAUCGCCGGUAGAAACGCUGCAUAAAACGAAAUUUGGUUUCUUGUAAAAUAUUAUUUUUCAAGAUAUUUUCUUGUUAAUUUCCGGAUAUUCGACAAGGAUAUAAAUGUUUCUUUCGCGUUGAUAAACAAAUUCCAGCACCGCUACCUUUGUGUCGCGCAAUUGUGAAAAGUGAUUUGUCCAUUGUGUACAUUAAUUAAUAAAUUGUAUUUAAGCCAGAAACAAAGUGAAUAAGGCAAAUUUGAAUAAAGAAAAAGAAUAAACCAAGAAAAUAUGCUCAGAAAUCGCAUCCGUAGCCUACUUAUCGCAUGAAGAACCGGUACCGUUAAGGGAUAAUCGCCGUCGCGUUAAUUCGACUCCUGCACCGCACCGCCCCGCCCCCCCGUUCGUCGUUUCGUCUAUUCAUAUAUCCGAUAUAACCGUUAUCGCGCCCGUGCAUCUGCGUCUGCAUCUGUGUGCGUGAGUCCUUGUAUCCUCUGUACAUAUGUACAAUAUUUGUCGUCGUCGUCGUCGUGCAUCGUUGUUGUUGUUCUUGCUGUUAUCCUAUUAUUCAUCGUCGUCCGCUGGCAUUAAUCUGCGUAUAAAGUAAAUAUAACAAAUUUGUGUUCUUCGGUGUUGUCUCGUGUAAGUGUCUAUAAUUUGUUUAAGUACGACAAGCGAUCGGUGCGAAUCAAAAAAUUCCAAUUCACCAGUCUGUGUGUGCGAAUCGAUAAUCGAGCUAUCAGAACAACCACAACAACAACAACAGCCCAAUCAAUCGAUCAAUGUCAGCAAACAAACGAUAAACAGGACUCGCUGGGACUAAUCAAUUGCGUAAUCUUCAGAAUAUUUUGGAUUCCAACGUCUACGGAGUUUCAACUUUUGAACAAUUCAUUUUGCUGGACAGUUUUUGGAAAGAAAUGACUGAACUUUCAUCCCGCAAACCAUUCGUUCGCCCAUAAAACCCAGAAACAAUUUAAGCCCUGUUAUAAAAAAAGUUGUUGAACAAAAAAUUAAUCAAUAUAUUUUGAAAUAAUUUAAAAUCAAUUUAAAGUAAAAGGUAAAUGCAGCUGCAAUAACUCUAAAACACGCACAACCAAGCCAAACAAACAUCAAAUCAAAUCCAUUUAGCUGCAAUAAAGUUAGAGGCAAAGGCACACACAGAAAAUCAACAAUAAUAAAUGUUGCAAAUUUAAUCAAACCAACUGAAAUUUAACUAAAUUUUAUGCAAAAUAGAAAUGUUAAAUUCACACAACACAAACCACAAUAACAACAGCGCCAGCAACAGCAACUACAACAAAGGCCACAAAAUGCAUUUGAAAAGUGCAACGGCAAAAGCAACAAUAAUGAAACAUAAGUUAAGCAAAUUUUACGGAUACGGUUGGAUGCAAGUCUUCCUACUACUUACAGUCCUCGUGAUUGGUAAUCAAAGUGCCUGGCAGGAGAAUAUACGACCAAAACUCUACGUUGAAUUAGGUCCCGAAGAUGUACUGAAGUUUGUGGGAAACGAAAGUGUUGUGGAUCACUUCAAGCUCGUCACCAAGGAUGGCAACAGUCUGCUCAUCGGUGCCAGAAACACGGUUUUUAAUUUAAGCAUACACGAUCUCGUCGAGCAGCAGCGAUUGGUCUGGACAUCGCCGGAGGAUGAUACCAAAAUGUGUCUCGUCAAGGGCAAGGAUGAGGAGGCCUGCCAGAACUACAUCCGCAUCAUGGUGGUGCCAUCGCCGGGUCGCCUUUUCGUUUGUGGCACCAACUCGUUCCGGCCCAUGUGCAACACGUAUAUCAUUAGUGACAGCAACUACACGCUGGAGGCCACGAAGAACGGACAGGCGGUGUGCCCCUACGAUCCGCGUCACAACUCCACCUCUGUGCUGGCCGACAACGAACUGUAUUCCGGUACCGUGGCGGAUUUCAGUGGCAGCGAUCCGAUUAUCUACCGGGAGCCCCUGCAGACCGAGCAGUACGAUAGCCUAAGUCUCAACGCCCCGAACUUUGUGAGCUCAUUUACGCAGGGCGACUUUGUCUAUUUCUUCUUUCGGGAAACCGCCGUUGAGUUUAUCAACUGUGGCAAGGCGAUUUAUUCGCGCGUUGCCCGCGUCUGCAAAUGGGACAAAGGUGGCCCGCAUCGAUUCCGCAACCGCUGGACAUCCUUCCUCAAGUCCCGCCUCAACUGCUCCAUUCCCGGCGAUUAUCCUUUCUACUUUAAUGAAAUCCAAUCUGCCAGCAAUCUGGUGGAGGGACAGUAUGGCUCGAUGAGCUCGAAACUGAUCUACGGAGUCUUCAACACGCCGAGCAACUCAAUUCCCGGCUCAGCGGUUUGUGCCUUUGCCCUCCAGGACAUUGCCGAUACGUUUGAGGGUCAGUUCAAGGAGCAGACUGGCAUCAACUCCAACUGGCUGCCAGUGAACAACGCCAAGGUACCCGAUCCUCGACCCGGUUCCUGUCACAACGAUUCGAGAGCGCUUCCGGAUCCCACACUGAACUUCAUCAAAACACAUUCGCUAAUGGACGAGAAUGUGCCGGCAUUUUUCAGUCAACCGAUUUUGGUCCGGACGAGCACAAUAUACCGCUUCACUCAAAUCGCCGUAGAUGCGCAGAUUAAAACUCCUGGCGGCAAGACCUAUGAUGUUAUCUUUGUGGGCACAGAUCAUGGAAAGAUUAUUAAGUCAGUGAAUGCCGAAUCUGCCGAUUCAGCGGAUAAAGUCACCUCUGUAGUCAUCGAGGAGAUCGAUGUCCUGACCAAGAGUGAACCCAUACGCAAUCUGGAGAUAGUCAGAACCAUGCAGUACGAUCAACCCAAAGAUGGCAGCUACGACGAUGGUAAAUUAAUCAUUGUGACGGACAGUCAGGUGGUAGCCAUACAAUUGCAUCGUUGUCACAAUGACAAAAUCACCAGCUGCAGCGAGUGCGUCGCAUUGCAGGAUCCGUACUGCGCCUGGGACAAAAUCGCUGGCAAGUGCCGUUCCCACGGCGCUCCCCGAUGGCUAGAGGAGAACUAUUUCUACCAGAAUGUGGCCACUGGCCAGCAUGCGGCCUGCCCCUCAGGCAAAAUCAAUUCAAAGGAUGCCAACGCUGGGGAGCAGAAGGGCUUCCGCAACGACAUGGACUUAUUGGAUUCGCGACGCCAGAGCAAGGAUCAGGAAAUAAUCGACAAUAUUGAUAAGAACUUUGAAGAUAUAAUCAACGCCCAGUACACUGUGGAGACCCUCGUGAUGGCCGUUCUGGCCGGUUCGAUCUUUUCGCUGCUGGUCGGCUUCUUUACAGGCUACUUCUGCGGUCGCCGUUGUCACAAGGACGAGGAUGAUAAUCUGCCGUAUCCGGAUACGGAGUACGAGUACUUCGAGCAGCGGCAGAAUGUCAAUAGCUUCCCCUCGUCCUGUCGCAUCCAGCAGGAGCCCAAGCUGCUGCCCCAAGUGGAGGAGGUGACGUAUGCGGAGCCAGUGCUCCUGCCACAGCCUCCGCCGCCCAAUAAGAUGCACUCGCCGAAGAACACGCUGCGCAAGCCCCCGAUGCACCAGAUGCACCAGGGUCCCAACUCGGAGACCCUCUUCCAGUUCCAGCCCGACGGCUACAACACCCAACAGUCGUAUCGUGGUCGCGACAACUUCGGAACACUGCGUUCCCACCAGGUGAUGGGCGACAAUUACAGGCGCGGCGAUGGCUUUUCCACCACCCGCAGCGUCAAGAAGGUUUACCUUUGAGACGGGAGUGGGGCGGCUGAAACCAGUCAGGGACUAAUUACCCAAAAUAUGUAACUCAACACCGCUCGAAUAGCCCCCAGCAGCAGCAGCAGCAGUCGCAGCAGCCGCACUCCAGUUCUGGCUCCUCGCCCGUAAUGUCCAACAGCAGCAGCAGUCCGGCUCCGCCCUCCAGCAGUCCCAGUCCGCAGGAGAGCCCCAAGAACUGCAGCUACAUCUACCGUGAUUGAUUGAUAUGCAACACCAAAUCGAUGCCACUCAUCCAGGCCCAGUCUACGCACGCCCAGCCACACCCACAGUCGCACCCGCACCCGCUUCCGCCACCCGGUCCGACCACGCCCCCAGCACAGCCACGCGCCAGAAGUCCAAUGAUCGGCAGGACAUAUGCCAAGUCCAUGCCCGUGACACCAGUUCAACCGCAAUCGCCGCUGGCUGAGACGCCCUCCUAUGAGCUCUACGAACGCCACUCGGAUGCGGCCACCUUCCACUUUGGGGAUGAGGACGAUGACGAUGAUGAUGAGCACGACCACGAAGACACCUCAUCCCUGGCCAUGAUCACACCGCCGCCGCCCUACGACACUCCGCAUCUGAUUGCAUCGCCGCCGCUACCGCCGCCUCGUAGAUUUCGCUUUGGCAACAGGGAGCUGUUCAGCAUGAGUCCAGCCGGAGGUGGAGCCACACCCACCGCCUCGGCAGGCCAACGCGGCAGCAGCGCCAUCACGCCCACAAAGUUAAGUGCGGCGGCAGCAGCCAUGUUUGCCGCACCCCAAAUGGCCACCCAACUCAACCGGAAGUGGGCUCAUUUGCAAAGGAAGCGGCGCAGGCGCAACAGCAGCUCCGGCGAUUCCAAGGAGCUCGACAAACUGGUCCUGCAAUCGGUCGACUGGGAUGAGAACGAGAUGUACUAGAACGCAGACCAACAAUGAGAUAGCAGAAACACUUUGAUUCGGAAUUUUAACACCUUUGCAUAUUUUGAAUAUGACUUCAAUUUUAAAAUGCGUAAUUAUGUUCUUAUUUUUUAAAGAACGCUUUAGAGAAGUUUUCUGCUACCUCAAAUAGUACACACAACUCAUUUCUAACGUGGCGCUGAGAUAUAGGAAUAAUCACUCCCCCUUCCCUAAAACUUAAAGUAGCAAUCGAAAAGAUCAUUCAUUAGCGAUAGAAACUGGAUGGGGAUUUACUUACACACAAAAAGCCAGAGAAGUUAUACACGAAGUUUAUAGUUAUAUAGCCUUUAUACAUACUCCCCGAUCUGCUAAGUAUACACAAGCAAGCAUAACAUAACAUACGUAUAUAUGACUCUAUAUAUACCAAUAGAUUUCAUAGACGAUUCACAUGGAUCGGCUACGCUAAAUUAGAGCUGAUAUUGUUAAUUACGAUUAGAGAAGAAAAAAACAACAGUUGUAAAUAUUAAUCCUAGAGAUGGGAAAGACGUAACGUAAUCUAAGCAAACCUUAUUCGAAUAGAGUAUACACGAUAUACAAGAUUUUUUGCAUUUAAACCAGAGAAGUUUAAAAUAGAUAAAAUUAGAAAGUCAUAACAAAUGGUUAAGAACAAUGAGAAAACAAAACAAAACGAAACGCUUAUUACUGAUUUAUACAAAUGAAAUGAAUUACCGAAAUAGUAGGAGGGCAAACAAAUUAGUCAUAAGCCGUCAGAUAUCUGGGAAAUAUAAGGGGAUUGCAUUCGGGAUUCAUUCCGAACUGGAACUGGAACUGCCAAACGCGAUGCAGCGCUCCCAACGAAAUCGAAUCCAUCGAGUGCAUUUUCCAUUGUCAAUUUCAUUUGCAGAGCCUCAAGCUAUAGUACUUCUUUAGACUUCAGACUCCAGCGCUUCAGUCUGCUAUAGGAACAUGUAAAUUAUGUACAGGACUAUACGCAUUAUUCAACCGAUCUGUACAGUGCGAUCUGCAGUAUGUGCGAUAUGUGCCAUAAUUGGGUAUGUGCCCACUUUGAGUUUAGUUGUUAUUGUUUGCAUUGAUUCAGAAUAGUUCUUUACACGAGAACACAACUCGCUAUCUUUGUAUAUAUUCGAAUAUAUAUAUAGAUAUAUACAUACAUACUUAUAUGCAUGAAGAGGGAUACACAAAUUUCAUGUGAAGUGAUCGAUCAAAAUUUAGUGAAAGCAUUAAAACUGAACUUUAGCCUAGCCACAUAGGGUUUGUAUUAUAGACUGGACGAACGGAGGGCAGAACAAAACUUUUGAAAAUAUUUUCACUAGGGGCAUUGCUAAUGUUGUUCUCAUAUUAAAGUAUAUUAGAAAUAGGAUAAGCUAAUUGAUACUCAAUAUUUUGUAUGAGAAACAUUAAAAUCAUCCGAUCAAACUUGGAAACUUGCGUUGCAAAACGAGUAAAAAAGCGUAGAAAUAUCUAAAUCAAAGCAAAUGUAUAAACAACAAAAUCCAUAAAAAGCAGUAGAUUUAUAAAGUAAACCCACACAGAAACGUAAGCGUAUAUAUUGAUUAAUAUAUACUUUUUGCAGCUGCAAUUUAAUGCUUUUUAUAUGCAAUUUUACUUUUUGACAAAAUGUAUACAACCGAAAAACGAUCAUCAACAGCGGAAAACAAAAACGCAUAGAAACCAAGUAAAAUUGUUACGAUUACAUUUAGACAGCCAAAGAUACGAGUGAUUUUAAAAUUUGUUUUUAAAGUUAUUUGUGUAUAUUUUUAAUUCGUUUUAUUUGUACAAAAAUAUUAUUUAAAGCAAUUUAAACCUCUAAACAAACUAUGUAACACUAAGGUUACUGUUUCUGAUUAUUUAGUUAUUCAAUUAUACACCUUAUUAUUGUGUUCUUUUUCUUUAAAGAAAUAGUGUCGAGUACUUUGAAAGCAAUAAAAACACUUGAAAAAAUAUAUGAAAAAUAUAAAUGAGAUUCAGACACAUAGAGUAGCAGCUGAUGGUAAAACUUAGGAAUACACUAGAGUUUUGAACUAAUUCUAGAUCUACAUCAACUACUUAUACAAUUGCAUACAAGUAUUAAUUGAAUCAGAUCAUUAACUUUUAUACACUUUACCAUUUACAUAUAUACAAGCAAACUGAUUGCCGAUUACCGAUUAUUCAAUAUACAAGGCAAAUUUAACAUGUAAUUGUAAUUUGAAGCCAGGCUGCAAUUGAAAGGUUUUACAGUAAAUCAUGCCUACACACAUAAACCAGCAACAACAGUAACAAGAUCAGAGAAUCCGUAAAUAUAUACUUAUACAUAAUAUAGAUGACCCAUAUACAUACACUUAUUAGAUACUUUAGAAGAGAGAUUCUCUAGAAAUGCUUUUAAAUUAAAAAAUCCACGAAAAACCAAAAAAAAAAAAAAGAAGUAAUAAACAAGAAAAAUAACUGAUUUAAGCAAAGUAUUUUAUUAAAAACACUCAGUAAGGAAAUGGCAAAUUCAAGCGCAAAAACACAAAAAAAAUACAUAUAUAUAUAUAAAUUUCUUAAAACUUUCAGCGAAAGGCAAACAUUUGUGAAGUAAGCCAACUCAGACACUUUUUUAGAACAUCAGAAAUUGGGGUUGACGAUGAUGGUGAUCACUAGACGUCGUUGAAGAUACUUUAAAGAUAAUUAUAAGCUAAACGAAAACGAUUUUUAACUUUCUCCGAAUAAGACAAAAACAAUUAUUACCUUCUGAUGGUAGAAGCGCAUUCAUAUUUGCUAAUUAGCAACUUAUUAAACUAUAAACAACAAGCAACAUUUAAAAGCUAGAGCAGAAAGCAGGAACCGACACAAAAAAAAGUAAAAUAAAAUAAAAAUGAAAACAUGAAUCCACGAAUCCAUGACACCACACACCCAAGUUUUCAUUUUCCAUUAAAAACGAUAUAUAUUCAAGUGCUUCUUACAUAAAAUAAAUAUAAAUAUAUAUGAAACAAAAAAAUAUAUUAAUGAUUACAUGAUAGAUAUUAUUACGAGCAGGCAUUACAUUAUAAAUACCUACUAACUAGUUUAAGGCAUUUACCACAAACUUGAUUAUUAUGAACUGUAUUAUUAUGUUUUGUGAAAUCGAGCGAACUAUUACAGAUCAAGAAAAUCAGAUUACUGAGCGGAUUUAGAGUAAGCGUAAAAACUCUGUACUAUAUCCGGUUCCGUUUGGUUUUUUAAUCUCUAAGUAGCCAGCUCUCUAUGCAAAUAGAAUAAAGACGAACACACACUGACACGUAAUCGAUGCAUUUUACUUACUUGAUGGCCAUCAAUGCAGCAAAGUAAAGCGAGUUCAUGAAUUCAAUUUAUAUAAUUAUGUUAAGAUUUUAUAACGCAACAAGCCUAACGUAUGCAUUACCCAUAUGAAUACUAUUAUGCGAAUCUUUGUAAAUACUUUACCAACCAAAUAAAUAAUCCUUCAUUCAACCAAAACAAGAUCAGAUCCCUAACUCAAUCAAAGUAAGCCCACGCAUUUGAUUUCCUUUCCACACCCACACCCAAAACCAAAACCAUACACAAUCCUAAAGAAAUGCUUAUCGGUUAGGUAUUAUCAAAGCAUACGAGCCACGAGUAUGUUAUCCAUUCUUUAGCGAUUACAAAUACGUAAGGAUAAAUUUAAAUUGUUGAAUAUGUAGCGCAAGAACGUAAUGAGUAACAAACUAAUGAAAGCCCCAAAGCGAAUAACAAAUAUUUAACCAAAUAAGUUACGAAAGUUAGACACAAAACGGUACUUCCAAGCAACUAUAGAGCUAACAGCAAGCCAUUUAAAUGAAUGAACUCAGAUGCGAACUAAACUGUAUGAAUUGAAUUCCCGACCCGAUCCCAAUUUAAAUCCGCUAAUAGAUAGGGUGCACCCAAAUAAGCCCCAGAUCUUCUUAAGCAGAUACGAAGAUCGAUAACGGUUCAUGCGAAAUGGUUGCCCUAUCUUCUAAUUCCUCCAUAGAAAUCUCCUCUACACAACAUCCCAUUAGGAAUUCGUCAAGUUUUGGAUUCAGAAACUAAUACACAACACUUAAUUAUUCAUGAAUGCGGCAUGUGCAGUAUCAUAAAUCAGAACGGCACCGCAAAUCGAGAAUCUACAGCAUGAAGAAGCUAUAUAGAACAACAACAACAACAACAUGAACAACAAAAAAUUGUUAGUAAAAAGACUGAGCUACAAAAUAUACAAGAAAAAAAAAACACAAAAGAAACAAAAGCUAGCAACAAAUCAGUGAAUACCUUUGAUUCAGUGACAAAUUAAUUAACGUGCAUUUUUGGGUAAACGAUCUUUGACAAACAAAAAACGAGCAAUUCGUUACAAUUUUCAGUUUCAUCAGUCGUAAAUUUGUUAAGAAGUUCCUAACACAAAACGCAGGCAAAUCCAUUACCAAUCAAUCUCAAGCCAGGUUCAAAUUGUGCACCUACCUAGAAGGAACUUCUGCAUUUAUAAUACUUCUCAGUGCACGAUGGUUAGUUGAAAUCGUAGGGAAGCUGCUAAACAAAAUACGUAAUUUGACACAUUACUUUUAAGUUCGAAUUUGGAUUUGAAUUAAGAGGCUUCUUGUUUUAUUUGGGCCACUGCCACAGCAUAAUCGAGAUUAAAAUACCUAGAAAGAAUAUAUAUAAACACGUAUAUACAUAUAUAGACUCAAGUAUAUAUGCAUACACUUGCUUUUAGCUUUCCUAGAACUCUGAUUUCCAUACUUGAACGUACAGUAAGCUGCGAGACAUAAGAGAUAGUCGGUCUCAGACACGAAAUAAUCAAACUGAAGCUGAUAAAAACGACACGAGCUCAAAGAUUUGGUCCGAGACACAAUUAAUUCCACACAAACCAAACGGAUCGGAAUACAUUCUGAAAAGCAAGCCACACAAAAGUUGAACAUGCAUUGCGAAUAAGAGAAAUCGAUUAAUGAAAACCGCAUAUUAUUAAUGAUUAUUAUAUUGUAUUAUUAUAACUGAAAUAUUUAGAUGAAAUGACGAUUCUUAAUUAUAACACAUUAUUAUAGAUACAUACUGAACAAGCCGAAGCAAAAGAAGAAAUUGAAAAUG